AUGGUUAUGUUAACUAGAGGUGAUUACAUUUGGAUUUCACCGCAGUGUCAGGGCGAGUUCUCAGUUCCCAUUGGUGCAAAAAUUCUGGAUGUACAGAACGAUGUAUAUAUUGUCGAAGACGAUGAUGAGAAGCAAUAUUCUCUUCAAAUCGACUCUGACGUCCAGCUGAUGCACCCAAGCUCUGUCCGCAGCAUCCCUGAUAUGACAGCCCUCGGAGAGCUUCACGAGUGCAGUAUUCUACGAAAUUUGUUUCUUCGUUACAGAGAAAACAAUAUAUAUACAUACACAGGAUCGAUUUUGAUAGCUAUCAACCCCUAUCGAUCCCUACCUAUUUACACAGAGAACACUAUGAGGCAAUACACAAACAAGGAGAUUGGUGAGAUGCCUCCUCACCUCUUUGCUAUCGGUGACAACGCCUUCCGUAAUAUGCUCCGUAACUCUCGCGAUCAGUGCAUCAUUAUAAGUGGUGAAAGUGGAGCAGGCAAAACAGAGAGCACGAAACUGCUGCUUCAGUUCAUCACAACCCUCAGCGGGGGUGAAUCAUGCAUCGGCAAACGAAUUCUUGAUUCAAAUCCAGUCAUGGAAGCCUUUGGCAAUGCAAAGACAGUGCGUAAUGACAAUUCCUCUCGGUUUGGCAAGUACGUGGACAUCCACUUUGACCGAAAGUCCGGUCAUAUUGUGAGUGCGCGCAUCGAGCAGUACCUGUUGGAGAAGUCGCGCAUCGUGCGCCAGGCAGCGGGCGAGCGCAAUUACCAUGCCUUUUACUGCAUGCUCGCUGGCAUGCCCCCCAGGGAUAAGCGCCGUCUGGGCCUUAAGGAUGCCGAGUGUUACAACUACCUCUGCCAGGCGAACACCCUGAACGAUGCAAAACACUUUGAAAAUAUCGUUUCAACAAUGCGUUACCUCAAAUUUACUGAUCACCAAAUCGAUGAAAUCUGGCACCUGUUAGCAGCGCUCCUGCAUCUAGGAAACAUAUCCUUCUGUGAAAUUCUGAAGGAGAGUGCCGAUGCGAGCAAAGUGAAGGACACUCAUCGCUCCGAACUUAGAUACGCCUCCAAUCUGCUUGGGAUGAGCCACACAUGUCUGGAGAAGGGUAUGACCAGUCGGCGGAUUCAAAUGGCCGGGGAGUGCGUUGUGGCGCAAUUCCUGCCUGCGAACGCCUGCACUGUGCGAGAUGCCUUCGUGAAGACCAUCUAUGAUCACCUUUUCUGUUGGAUUGUGGAGAAGAUUAACGCAGCUAUUUACAAGCCGCCAUUGGGUGCAACAGCGGCAGCGUCCACUGCGGUGCCGUUGGUGAGGCCGGGCAGCUGCACUUCGCCCGGCUUUACCUCCUCCCGCUUGCCCAAUUUGGCUGAUCAUUGCUCUCAGGAAUGCUUGUGCGGCAACCGCGUUGCCCGUUCCAACACCUGGCCCUCCGUAAUUGAUCCCUUGGCCUCACCUGCUAACCCUAUCCCCACCACGCCUACCACCACCACCACUCACAACCCCUGCGAGUUGAAUCCUCCCCUUAAUCCCUCUACUGGUCCCGGGCGCCUCUCUAUCGGUGUGCUCGACAUUUUCGGCUUCGAAAACUUCAUCUCCAAUAGUUUUGAGCAGUUGUGCAUUAACUACGCAAAUGAGAACAUUCAGCAAUACUUUGUGCGGCAUAUCUUCAAGUUGGAGCAGGAUGAGUACUUGACAGAGGGCAUCAAUUGGACACACAUAAGGUUUCGGGACAACCACGAGGUGCUCGACUUGAUAGCUCACCAACCGCUCAACGUGUUGGCACUGGUGGACGAGGAGAGCCGAUUCCCCCGCGGCUCGGACGAGAGCUUCCUAAACAAACUCAACGCCCGCCACUCCACCACUCCCAACUUCAUCCGUGCUCUCUCCUCCGCUGAGACACGGUUCGGUAUCGUACACUUCGCUGGACCCGUAUUCUAUAAUGUGAAGGGAUUUUUGGAGAAAAACAGAGAUACAUUCAACCAUGACUUGCUGGAGGUCAUCAGUACAUCGAAAAACGACUUUCUUCGAAAUCUUUUCGAGAAGCGUUUGCAUUCGCCCGAAAACCGCCCUCGUUCACUAACUCUGGGAAUGCAGUUCAAGAAGUCGUUGGAGCGUCUCAUGUCUAUCAUUAAUGGGUGUCACCCCUUCUUUGUGCGCUGCAUCAAGCCCAAUGAGUUCAAAUUACCCAAUUGCUUCGAUCGCAGCCUCUGUGUCCGUCAACUACGCUACUCUGGCAUGAUGGAGACGAUACAGAUUCGCAGUUUGGGCUAUCCUAUUCGCUACGAGUUUCCAGACUUUGUGCAGCGCUUCCACAUGAUCCUGCAGCUCUAUGGUCCUACUACCCAUCGCUUCAGUCAACUGCGCUACGGAAACCCCCAGCACUUGGUAAUGGAGAUCUGCCGUGCAGCUUUUGGAUCGGAAGACCUUACUUAUGCCAUCGGGUCUACUAAGGUCUUUUUACGAACUUCUCAUGACUCGAAACUGGAGGAACUCCGGGAAAAUAUUAUUAACUCAAGCGCGAUUCUCAUUCAAAGCCGAUGGAGAGGCUUUUUGGCCCACAGAGAAUUUGAAGACCUUCGAAAGUCCACUAUAUUCUGUCAAAGAAGAUUCCGCCAAACUGCGGCCAGGCGAAGGUUCUUACGAGUGAAACACAUCAUCAUCCAUAUGCAGGCGAAUGUGCGGGCACGGCAGGCCCGAAAGCGCUUCAUUGCACAGCAGCACUUCAUCCUGCGACUCCAGUCACUCGCGCGCCACUGGCUCUCAAGACAAACCCUCCUCUGCAUGAUGCGUAGGCGUGGCUUCUUCUCCGCUGACGUGGCCAUCCAAUAUGAUGAGGAGACAAAGGUGUGCUUUUGCGAGGCGGAGCUGCCGGAGGACGUGGUGCUACAGAGCCCGCUGCACGCCAAAUGGACGAACGCCCUGGUCCUUGAAAACGCCGUCGAGUUGGUUGGUCUGACUACUGCGGCCUCGGAGGAGUGCGGUACCCACCAGCUUUCCACGUCCUCCAACGCCGACCACCCCGUACCUACCAAAUUGCCACACUCGGAAACCUGCGCCGACCUCUUCAGUUUCGUUGACUCUCUCUUUGAAGAGGUGUUAAAUUCUGCGAAUCUCAUGAAUUGUGGUCAUUCGAAGAUAGCUGUCAGUCUGGACGAUAGCGUUCAAGUGAAAGAGGGGUGUCAUCUCGAAUCGGCUGAUUCAAUCACCGUGCACGAGGCCUUUGAAGAACCAAAAGCAGGGAGGGUUGCGUCCCUGUCGCCUUCAGUGACAAUGGCGUCGAUGGUGGGUAGAGGAAGAGGAGAAGGUGGUGGCAGUUGUGGCAAGGUGGAUUUGAGCAGCAGGCACUUCAAGAUGCGCUGCCCUGCUUUCUUUCCCCUCUCCCAUCAUCCGGCGGACUCCUAUGUUUCCAACCCGUCCGGACCCACUCUAACGGAGGCUGUCGAAGAAGCGGAUGUUACCGGCAGACCCGUUGGCGUUGAUGCCGUCCCUAAUGAUACUCAUGCCGCGUGGGGCGAGUGCAGUUACCUCAAAUUUGCCGCUGCCUACUUUCAGACCGGCGUUCUGCCCACCUUCUCUCCCGUGCCCCUCACUCGUCCUCUCCUGAAACACCGCAACCAACACGACAUGGCCCUAGCUCUGGAAAUUUUCGGCAAAAUUAUGUCAUUUAUGAAGUCCAAGAAUAUGAAUUAUAACAGCAAAUCGGAGGACUCUAUUUUGACUGUGAAUGGCAGUAUAUCUGGCCCCGCCGAGGAGUCGAGCACAAGCAGCGCGGCUCAGCAUUCUAUCUCAGUGUGUCCACGAGUGGUUAUCUCCUCUAUUAACGGGUCCAGAUGCGACAUCCCUCUCGCCGACUACCGCGAUGACGUGUCGGGAAAUGCCUGUUCAAACUACACUCCCACGGUUCGUAUUUGUCACGACUGCCGGCCCGUACUCUCCGAACUCCACAAAGUCCGCUUUAUCGUUGGCACAGGGGUCGAUCAUCCACAAAUGCGCGACGAAAUCUACUGCCAAAUCCUGAAACAAAUCACGAAAAAUCCUUGUGUCUACAGUCGUAGCAGAGGCUGGAUCUUACUAAUCCUGUGCGCCAGUUGUUUUCCCCCAACACUCUUUGAUACCGCGCUGAGGACUUACUUGAAGUCCAGCACCUCGGAUUACGCCAAGACGUGCCUCAAACGGCUAAACCGCAUCAACCAGACGGGAGCGCGCUCGAUGCCACCUAGUUACAUGGAGUUGCGAGCUGAGCAAGAGAGAAAGAGUCUCGGAGUGAACGUCCUCUGCGCCAAUAGUAAUCGGGUGAGAGUAAAGGUUGAUCCAACUAUCACUGUGCAGGAGUUUAGUUCUAUUGCUUUCAACGCGGCUUCUAUUAAAGAUACCUUCGGAUUCGAGGUCUUCAUUGACAUCUUCGACAAGUUUGAGGCUCUGUCGAUGGGUCCAAGGCAUUUCUUUGAUAAUAUAUCUCUCUGCGAGAAAUAUACACGACGCAGGGGUCUAAAUGAAUUUGAUAUGCCUUGGUCCUUCGUGAUACGCAAGACCAUCUUCGCGCCGUGGCAUGAUGUGACCUUUGAUUCCGUUGCAACAUCGCUCAUCUGUUUUCAGGUUAUUCAACAAUGCUUCAAAGAAUCACAUGAUUCUCUCGAAGAGCAUGAGUUGGCAUACCUAUUAGCGAACAUAUACCGACUUCUGGCUACAGACUCAAAUGAUCCGAGAACCUCCGAUAAGUGUGGUCUCCAAUCCUGGCUGAAUCAGAUCCUCAGUCCCGACUGUGACAUCUCCUUUUGGCAGAAGGUUACAAGUACUGCGCUUUGUGAGCUAAACGAGAGAUCUCCGGAGGCGUCCGCCACCGCAACGUGCGAGAAUAUCGUGACGUUUGCUAAGCUGCAGUGGCCUAGCAUCUUCACUCGGGAGUUUGGUGUCAUCUUUCUGCAGGGCAGAUCUCGUGUGCAACGAGUCCUCCUGUGCAUUGAUUGCAACGGAGUUCAACUGCUAGGUGAAAAGCGCAAUCUUAUCAAUUCCAUUCCCUAUGUGGAGAUGCAUUCAGUCACGGUUAACUCGAUUAGUCAACAGUCAAUGAAGGCGCUUUCAAUAAAGACUGUAUGGAUGCAGGAGCAUCGGUUCCUAUCCGAUCACUCUGCCGAUUUGAAGGACCUCCUCAACUACAUGCUUACCGGUCUUCGUCAGCGCUCGCGAUACGCCAUUGCAGUGAAAAAAUCUACAUUCAGUGAUUGUCGCGACAGCUCUUUGAUUCAUGUGAAUGCGGGCGAUUACAUAAUAAUGCACCAAUCAGGCUGGGAGUUGGAUCAGAAGACUCCUGUUGUGGGCGUUCCUCUACCCUCCAAGUCGGCGCACUUUCAGUUGCAGAAGGAGAGUGACUCGAUGAUCUUCUGCUACGGUGAAAACCAACGCACCUGGGAGACGGGCCAUGUGGCUAUGACCAACGUCUACAUCCUACCCACCGUCAAUCCUCCCAAACCGGAGUUCAUUGAUACCUUUUCCCAUUUGAUCAUUUCAAACGAAAACAGAGAGUGGCUCAACAAAGUCGAGAGUAUCAACUCCCAACGCUCGCGCCUGCCUAUUGCACGUCUGCACAAGAGGUCCUCCAGUCACAAUGAUCUAUUCCUUAAACAUGACAAAUACUCUAAGGCUGCUGAUUACUUUCUAGAAAAUUAUUCGCAUCGACCGGCCUCGCAAAACUCCGAUAUGGAGCUCUCGACAAGAAUUUCAUCUGUUAACUCGACGGACUCACUAGAGCUGACGACGCUCAAGUACACUCGACUUCCCCUUCGAAGGCCCUUCUUACGAGAAUUUGCAAAUGCUGAUCGGAAGGUAUACGACGCGGCUCUGCUCUCGUUCUGUCUCAUUCAGACCUACAUGGGAGACUGUGACAAGAUACCAGUACAGCUUAGAAACAUGCCUGUAGUUUUCCUCACCGACCUUCUCUUCGGCUCGGCUCUCGACUAUCCUCCACUUCGUGAUGAGAUCUUUAUCCAGAUUAUGAAUCAGCUCACUGACAAUCCUAAACGAACAAGUGAAAGCAGAGGGUUGGAGUUGAUGUGGUUGGCGACAGGCAUAAUGGUGCCCUCGGAUCGUGUUAUGGACAAAUUGGUCCGUUUCCUACUCCGUUCACCACACCAGUUGGCAUCACAGUGUUACACCAGACUACAUCAAACGUUAAGUCGCGGAAUACGAAAGAAGCCCCCGCAUGCCCUUGAAAUUGCAGCUAUACGAGGAAAGAAGGACAAAAUUUAUCAAAAGAUCAUUCUUCCAAAUGAUACUUCCAUGAUGACAACGCUGGACUCGACGACCAGAGCCAUGGACGUGAUCCAGAACGUGGUGCGGGAACUUAACCUUAAUUCUGAGGAUCAAUUCGCCCUCUACCUGGAGGUGGAGGAUGAAAUGCGUUGCAUCAAAUCCGACGAGUUUCUUCUUGACGUCCUCCGCUUAACUAUGCCUGAGAUCCAAUCGCAGCUUUCCCAGAAACGCACCGUUACUUCUUCUCCUCCGAGUCCACUGUACUUCAUGCGGAAACUUUGGCUGAAUGUCGUUCCUGGGAAGUAUGUUAUCGAGGACAGACUGAUAAAUUUUCCCCAGGCAAUGAAGAACUUUCUUCAUGGUUACUACAAGUGUUCCCUAGAGCAGACUCUCGAACUAGGCACUCUUAUAUUCAUUUGGCAAACAGAAGGAUCAUCUGGAUCCCAAACCUCCCUCGAUCAAAUCCUCCCAAAGAAUGUACUCUCCUGUGUCACCGACCUUCAGUGGAUUUCGGUCUGUGGUUCGACUGCUGAAUGGCUUCUGGUUGUCAACGCUUCCACCAUAUCCCUUGUUGAUGAAAAGAACGAGCUUGAGGCAUGGUGUUACAGUGUAAAUCGUAUAGCCGAAUUCUGGCAGGAUAAUCAAACGAUAAACUAUCAGUUGCGCAAGGCCAACUCGGUGAAUAGACUGGUUGGUUCAGAGACGACCGCCUAUAACGUCUGCGAUCUCGUCAACUGCUACAUCCGACACAACAAACUGCAAGCGAUGAAUGGUCCUCUGAAUCAUAAAAAGUGCUCUACCCUCAAGGUCGUUAAGAUUCCCUAUCAAGUUGCGGAUAAUGCAACUCUGGCCCUAGUCUCAUGGUGGAGGAUAGUGGCGGGAACUGCAGAAAGAAGCUACCAAUUUUCCUACGGAGUCGGAUUGAGGAACAGGUACAUCGAUAAAAAGCAGUAUGCGGUGUGCAAUCAGUCAACGGGGCAAACUGGUCUCUGCCAAGCGACAUCCUUCUCCUCCUCCGCCAACUCGGAUUCUCAAAUUAAUUUGCAUCCUCGCUUUUUGAAUUAUGUCGCUCAGGCUAGAAUGGGUAUCCUAGGGGCGUGGGAACCUGAAGAAGUUCUUCAACAAGGUGACCCUUCAAUGGAUGACACUAAGGAAAAAAUUCAGGAGCACGAUCUGUCAGCUGGACCGUUGGGCGCGCCACAUGCAAUGUAUUUCGACAAUGGCUUUGUGGAGUCUCAGUUACCGGCGCACAUCACCCCGCACCCCACUUAUGAGGGUGACUACGUCCAUCAGCAAUGCCCCAGUUCUAUUUUUUGUUCCGAUUUUGUUCAACGUGAUCAACAACAGUCGAGACAUCCACAACCGCAUCAGCACUCUCAAGUAGCUCCUAGUGGUUCUGCCUGUCUCCGACAAAGAAGACGUUCAUUGCAAGUCUACGAGGAAAAUCAGGUAGUUGCAGCCCAUUGGAGCCUUCAAGAACUUCCAACCUCAACUUCUGGGCGUGCUAGUUGGGAUAUCAAUGACAGGCAGCUUCCGAAGACGCCACAAAUCGAUGAUUUUGACUCAUGGCCAGAUGGUUACUGCCAAUUUGUUUACCUGAAGACGGGCUCUGAUUUAGUCAAACGGCAUUCAAGUGGUUGGGCAAUGCGGAAUACGAAUAAUCACAAUAAACACAUCCUGAAAAAGAGCUGCCUCGGUGUCUUAUUGUGCGAUUCGCCCAAUUGCGGCGUUACCCUCCGUCCGGCUAUUUGUGACAAAGCCAGGAAAGGUCAAGAAGGCAGACAAUGCGUACGGAAAGGUUGUCCAGGUCGAAUCUAUCUCCAUCCGUGCCGUGGCAAUGGAGGUUAUCCCGUGACUCAUUUUUGGCGCGAAGUCGGUGAUCUUGUGUUCUUCCAGGCUAAAGGCGCUCAUGGUCAUUUGCGUCCCAAUGCCAAGGCCAUUCGUAGCAAACCCAAUCGCUCGAAACUCACAAAUUCUUCCACCACCGCCUCUCGCCAACUCUCCGAGCGCGCUGAAACUACCAUCCAUUCAGCAGAGAUGUGCUUUCCCCCUCACGUUGAUCCAUGCUUUGGAGCCUAUCUGCCAUCACGUAUGACGGAGAGAAAUGUAGCCGCGUCAAAUGCACCCUCUUGUGACCCAUUUGCAGUGGGCAUUGGAGGUGGUGGUAGCGGUUUUGAUCGCACCAGUUUGUACAGUCCCCUGCCCUCUCAAAUAGUACCAUCGGUGACACCAACCUUGCUUCGGUGCCCCACUGUGUGUUCCCAGCAAUACCAAGGUAACUCAACAAAGAUGGACUCCUGUGGGAUGGGUCCGAGUAAUGGCUCCUGGUCCGACCUUUCCUUAUACCCACCAUCCUCCAACGAGGAGGUUAGCGACUUCCCCCCGUGGACGUACCGCACUCCCGGACGCACCUCCGAGUUGUGUUCUGAUACUAACCCUCUCCAACGCUGUCGCCAUCAACACCGCCAUUCGCGUUCUCUGAAAGCGUCAAGUUCGCCUCUGGGAAUGCACAAUGGCCAUGGGUACUCCUCUACUAUCAAUCCUUUCUUCUGUUCCCUCUAUGAUAACUCCGCUCUUCAAUCAUCUGGCGAAUCCAGUCACUGUAGCUCAAAUCGACGAAUCUCACGAUGA